AUGACGGAACCAAGUGCCAGUGCAGCAAACGACGAUCUGAAUGCGAAGCUGACGGACAUGACGACAGCUCAAUUAAGACAAGAAUUGAAAAAACGAAAUUUGAAAACGGCAGGACUGAAAAACGAACUCAUCCUAAGACUGUUACUGUUUAUGCAACUCGAGCGCGAACACGGUGAAACAGAACAACACGGCGAAGUUAAGAAUAAAAUUGAUGAAGACGCAAGCAGAAAACAAGAAGACAGCAGCGAAAGCGACACAAGUCUGAGCGACGAAGAUGAAGAGCCGAUUGCUGAAAGAAGACAAAACACAGGAAGGGCCCGAGGAAAUCAAUUAUUAACAUUUAGAGAUGUUGAAGAAUCCUUAGAGACAUUCAACGGAGAUGACAAGGUUGAUGUGAAGAUGUGGAUCAAAGAUUUCGAAGAAAUGGCUGCAUUGUGCGAGUGGUCCGAUAUUCAAAAAGUAGCAUACGCAAAACGUCUUCUUCGCGGGUCAGCAAAACUGUUUGUUAAACAUGAAAGAUGCACAAAGACAUGGAAGAAGCUGCGGCGUGCAUUAAAGGAAGAAUUUGUUAAUAUCGUGGACAGUCAUGCAGUACAUCAAGAGUUAUUACGACGAAAGAAAUCAUCCGACGAAUCAUAUCAAGCAUAUAUAUAUAAAAUGCUUGAAAUUGCCGCGCAAGCCGACGUCGAUACACCAUCGGUAAUUCGAUACAUUAUCGAGGGAAUACAAGACGAUGCAGUUAACAAAACAGUGUUACACGGAGCAAAGACAAUACGUGAAUUAAAAGAAAAAUUCACUCAAUAUGAAGCUAUAAGGAAAGAAAGAAAAUUAAAGACGAAGCAGUCGAAGCCAGAGGAAAAGAAGAAGAUGACUCAAGGGGACACGAAUACAACGACGACGAAAAGAUGUUUCAACUGUGGUAGCAGAGAUCAUUUGGGUAAAGUGUGCCCGAUGAAAGACCAAGGCGUCAAGUGUUUCAAGUGUAAUCAAUACGGACAUAUAGCCAAAUUGUGUAAGGGAACAGUGAGUGUACAGAAAGAAGCCGCGUGCGUAAUUGUUAAGAACACACAACAAAAGCAGGUAAAGCAAGUAGAAGUCGCAAAUCAAUAUUUUGUUAGUAUUAUAGACACGGGCAGCGAUUUGAGCUUAAUAAAUCGAGAUUGUUACGAGAAGAUAGGUUGUCCGAAAUUAAACAAUAAAAUAAAUUUUGACGGUUUAGGCGCAUUAAAUAAUAGUACGUACGGCUCUUUUGCAAUAGAUGUUGCUAUUGACGAUGAAACAUAUAAAAUUGUAUUUCAUGUCGUUGAUAAUGAAAUAAUGAAACAUGCAAUCUUGAUUGGUGCUGACUUUUUGAAUCUAGUUGAAUUACAUUCGAUAAAAGGUCAGGUAGUUAUCCGAAAAAUUCCUGAAAAAUCAAUUCACGCAAGUAGCACAGAGUUACCUGAGGUGUUAAAGAUUGAUAUAAUAGAAAACGCAGAUCCAUUUGACUUUUCAUAUAUCUCUGAUAAAAACUUACGACGCGAAGUAGAAGUUAUUGCAAGAAAUUAUGAACCUAAAAAAACGCGUGAAAUCGGUGUUAAAAUGACGCUAAUUUUGAAAAAUGAUAUUCCAAUUUACCAAAGACCGCGUAAAUUGUCUCCAUCGGAAAAGGAAGAAGUUGAUAAACAAUUAAAAACGUGGAUAGACGACGGUAUUAUAAGACCCUCUAAUGCCGAGUACGCAAGCCCUGUUGUACUAGUUAAAAAAAAGAAUGGUGACACAAGAAUCUGUGUAGACUUUCGAAAAUUAAACAAGAAAAUCAUAAAAGAUCAUUAUCCGUUGCCGAUAAUCGAGGAUUAG